GUCGCAGUGGUUCCUUUUCAAAGCUGCGUGCAUCCAUCCGGAAAAGCAGUGCAAAACUAAUGCAGAAAUUGGUUACGAGAGAUGACCCGUCUCCUUGCCUGGCCAUCGACUUCCCUUCCGGUUUGGCUUCCAGGUAAGUCUUAGAUCGACUCCUCCCUCCCCUUCAACUUAUCAAACCCACUCAUUAUUCCACACCAAUCCUUUUUUUCCAUCCUUAAUUACAACAUAACUUUUGAAAACAAGACAUCUUUAUUCUUUAAAGCCAAAUUACGAUUAAUCCACUACCGUAUUGCUUGAAUUAUAUUAACACCGUCAUUUUCAUUUGCUCGUUGUAUUUGAUGCAUUUAAAUCUCAUUGAUUUGGCAGAAUUGACGUAACUGUAUAGGACGCUUUGUUGUGUAUCGAUGACAUUCACCAUGUACGGGAGAUGUCGCGACGGUCGUGGCAGCGACGGGUUAGAGAGAGAGAUGAGAGGUCAACAAGUAAAAUUCUGAGUGUAAGGCUGGGGCGCUGGGCUCUGGGCACUGUGAUAUUGAUUGGGCUAGCCGGCUAGGACAUAUGGACUUUGAUCAAUCAUCAAUGACAACGUACCCACGCCAGUAGUCCAACUUAUGAUUUGAGUUUUGAGAUUUUUUUGUAUUCUUUUCGAAUUGUCACUUGUCAGCUCAUCGUGAUUCGUGAGGCCAAUAACCAAACUCGAAAAACCAACAUUGUUCUCGGACAUGCGUUAUAAGUGGUAACAAGUGGAACACCACAAUUUGUAAAGGAUGGCUAAUGUUGAUGGUAGAAGACUUCGGCAAAUAUCACAAAACAUGCAAGGGGAGGUACACACCGUCUUAGAAGAAGGAUGUUCUCAUGCCUGCCAAAGCACUGCUGUAAAGGAUCACCUGUUUAAAGCUGUGAGGCUUGAGAACAAAGAGGAAGAAGUUGACUUUGCAUUUGGUGAAAAACUGUUGCUUCCUGAUGCAAAAACUUUGAAUCCUUUGAAAGUUGAAAACCUUGGAGAUAUCUCGAUUCCAGUAUCUGUUAAGGAUCUUCAAAGGCUGAAAAAAAUAUCUGAAGGAUCUUGUUAUGGAAAACAACUGAACAAGAUUUUGGACUCUUCCAAACGGCUGGCCUUGGAAAUUAAUUCUUCAAAACUUACCUCUACAAUUUCUGAUGACCUCAAGUUACCUUCACUGGCAAUUCAACAUCUUGGCCUGCCCUCUGAAUUGAUGGGUGUUCAAGCAAAGCUUCAGCAAUUGAUUUUGUAUGAAUCUGGCGGUCAUUACCACCGAACCAUGGAAUACGAAAAAGAAUAUGGUUCGUUUGGUACCAUGAUACUUCAACUUCCCGUAAAAGACGGGCAUGAAGGUGGACGUUUCAAGGUGGAAUAUGGAGGAAAGGAAAAAGUGUAUGAAAACCACAAGGACAGCGAUCGAUGUUUUUAUGUUUCGCUAUUUUACGAAAACUGCGAACAUUCAAUGGAACCCAUAACAAAAGGGUCGAAAUUGACGUUAGUCUUUGAUCUUCUUUGGGCUAAUGUCCAACAACCGAUUCCGAAAGAUUUCCCUGUUUUUCUAACCAAGCUUAAAGGAAUAAAGGAAUCGCUCUCAUCUUGGAUGCGUCAAAGUGCCGACUCCCAAAUAAGGAACAUCACUCUUAGCACGUCAUUGAAAAAAUCCAAUCCAGCAUCUAAAAUGGAAGCCCUGCCAGUCGCAUCUAUGUCUAGAGAACAUUCGUAUAAAAAACGUCGUUCGAAUUCUUUGCCUUUAAAAGCACGUAAAAAAGAAGACCUGUAUGAAGAUCAAGAUGAAGACUAUGAUGAAGACUAUGAUGAUGACCAGGAUGAUGACCAGGAUGAAUUUGAAGAUCAAGACCAAGAUGAGUAUUGGGAUAGAUCUCGUCCAAGAGAUAGUUGGAAGGAUCAAGAUGAAGAUGAGUAUUGCGAUAAUAGUUCUACUAGUUCUCCCUCGGAAGAUAUUUCGGAAGAAAAAGAUAUUGGCGAUCUAGAAGAUGUUUUGUACUUUGUUCUUGAAGAGAAAUAUGAAGAAAGUGACUUCGGAUUUCGUCAACUUCGGAGAAAAGACCGGGAUGCAGCUCAACUUUUUCAGUGUUGUGGAUUUCUGGACGUACACUUAGCAGUUGUGACAGAGACCGUUACUACUAUACGUGUUGUACCGAAUUCGAAAACUGAUUGGUGUGAUUGCCACGCUUACAAGAAAGUGAAAUCUUCUAACAAAAUUUCGCGAUGGUUGGAUUCGGAAGAUAUCUCCAGGAAGUUGAGAAUUGAUAUAAAUUGGAAGGAGCAAUGUGUUGGACCUAGUAGGAAGCUUCCAACAAAAAGCAGCAAAAAGAUUGACUCGAAAGAUAGACAUUAUACGUGUGGUGAAGAAUGUUAUGGAUCGGGUGAUACAACCGCUAACGAAAAAUAUAUCCAACACUUUAUUAUGGUUAUUUGGCCCAAGCGUGAAUCGUUUCGGAUGUAUUGUCGUUAUGGUCUUCACGCACUACUAGAAAAAAUGGAAUUCAAAAGUUCAACUAGAUGGCUUAAAGAAAGAGUGCAAAAGGCCACUGGAGAUUUACGAAAAGUCAUUUCAUUUUGUUCUUCUGAUCCUUGGCACAUGUGGAACCAAACAGGAUUUGGCAAAGGCGAAGUCGCAGAACGCUUACUGCGUCUUUGUAUUAACUUCCGAGCCCGCGAAGAAGGCCUUGCUCUCUUGAAGCUUUUGAGUGAAGACUUCCCAUUACCACAAGAAGGAACCAGCAACAUUCAAGAAACCUUUGAAGGAAUCAAAAGUGAACAAGUUGCCAAGGCGAUCGUUGAAUUCGAGUGUCGAGUCAGUGGUUGGAAUGACUGCGCUGAUCUAAUUGAGAAAAUGAUUUCUCCUGUUCGAAUCACCCAGCAGCUUAUGCCUGUUGGAUUUGUUUGCUGGCUUAAUUAGUACUCCUCGCGUGUGGGGAAUACUGGAUUCCAAAUUGAAGCUGAUCAUCAUGAAAACCUGUGGUUCUAUCAUACAAACUUGGAUCGCCGAUAUCGAGAAGUUUUCAAAACGGAAUGACAUCCCAAUUUGCAUCCAUUUUUUUUUCUUGCUCGAAAGAAAUCGACUUAAAAAUGAACCAACAAUCGACGCUCAAUUGUUUGCACCAUUAAUUGCCAAACUACCAGUUUCCUCACUCAUGGAUCUUGUUUUACAGCUACACCAAUCGGAAGUCAAAACAAUUCCAAAUAUCAAGAAUUUUCCAGCCUGUUUCAAUUUUUAUCGCGACACAUCCAGGCUCUUCUUUACCAUGGAUUUUGUGCCACUUGUCAAGAACGAGGAAGCAAUGCGCCUUUUGAAUUUGCUCUUGUGGCUGGAAGAUGAGCAAUCUUGGCAAUCGUUCGCAACGAGUGUUUCUACAGCUUUUCCAUCAACUAACACCUAUAUCUUUUUACGCCUCUUCUUGAAAAAUCCUGUCAUCAAGCAAGCCUUUACAGUUUCUAAUCUUGCUUUUGGUGCUUUCGCAACCAUUGUUGACAACUGUUCACUGAAAUCGGCGUCUUUGAAGGAACCACCAUUUAGCUGGCACCAACGUGAAGCAGUUGUACCGAGUCAUCCUGAAGUUCAAGCUUUUCUUCGGUCCAGUCAAGAAUCCAUGACCUACACGAAGUUUACUGGAAUCGCUGAGGCUCGCCAUUUCGCCGAAUACCUUAUGGAAUAGUCUACAAACUUCAGCGUUUCCGUUUCUCCGUCUGGCGCUGGCAAAAAUUCGCGUUGCAUCAUUACGAAAACACGUAAACAGAACGAACGCGACAAGGACGAAUGUUUCAUCAGAAAAGGUGAAUUGGAAUUAUUGGUGAAGCUCCGGGAACGCCUAGGUCAAGAAAAUUUGAAGACGAAACGUGGAACAGCCGACGACGUCAGUGUCAUCCCUUCACCCAAACGCUGCAAGCGCGAAAAAAUGUGAUAUUUUGUUUGUUUGUUUUUAACUAAGAAAGUUCUUUGUU